AUGGCUCCCCCCAUGGAAUGCAUCGCCUGGAGCACCAUGGCUUCUCCUCCCCUGGGAUUGAAAUACAGAGCGAGUAGCUGGUUCGCUGUGUUGACUGUCACGUGUGCUGUGUUUACCGACAUCUUCCUCUACGGCGUCAUUGUCCCUGUCAUCCCGUUUGCGUUGGAGCAGAGGGCUCAUGCUGAUCCGGGGAGAGUGCAGUAUUGGGUCUCUAUUCUCCUUGCUGUCUAUGGAGCUGGUCUCCUGGUCUUUUCUCCCAUCUGCGGCUGGUUCUCUGACCGCAUCUCUGCCCGCCGCUGGCCGCUCCUACUCGGUCUGAUCGCGUUGACCGGCGCGACGGUCAUGCUCAAUGUCGGCACCAGCAUCGCCGUCCUCGUCGUCGGCCGUCUGCUGCAGGGCAUCUCUGCCGCCGUGGUCUGGGUCGUGGGUCUUGCGCUGCUGGUCGACACGAUCGAGGAGAACCGUCUGGGCCAGUACAUGGGCUACGUCAGUCUGGGCAUGAGCCUGGGCCUGCUGAUUGCGCCGUUGCUCGGCGGCGUGGUCUUCCAGCGCGCCGGGUACAAUGCCGUCUUUGCCAUUUGCUACGCCUUCAUCGUGCUGGACUUUCUCUUCCGCAUCUUCUUCAUCGAGAAGAAAGAUGCGAUGAAAUGGCUGGAUCAGCCCGGUAGUACGGCUACGGCUACGACUACGGCUGCGGCUACGUGUCCAGCGACUGACCUUGCUGACGAUGUCACCUCUACGGUUAUCACUACGACCUCCUCCGUGCCGGAGGAAUCGUCCGAGGCGCGCCGUAUACACGCCUCCGGGUGCGAAGACAGGGAGAAAGGAAGCAGCACGUCUGCCCGACCAACAAGGCACGAAAACAGAACCGUGAAUGACGACAGCACCGUCGAGGUGAAAAAAUCCCGUCUCCCGGCCUUCGUCACCCUGCUCGCCUCGCGCCGUCUCCUGGCGUCGCUGUUCGCGUGCCUCGUCGAAGCCGCGCUCAUCGCGUCCUUCGACUCCGUCCUCCCGCUCUUCGUCUACCAGACCUUCCACUGGUACUCGCUGCAGGCGGGCAUUCUGUACCUAGCCAUCGUCAUCCCGUCCUUCGUCUCGCCCGUCGUCGGCUACCUGUGCGACCGGUACGGCCCGCGCUGGCUGGCGACAGCCGGGUUCGUGUGCGCGGCACCACUCUUCGUCCUUCUCCGCCUGGUGAACCACAACUCGACGGGGCAGAAGGUGCUGCUCGCCGCGCUGCUCGCCCUGAUCGGCCUCGCCCUGACAUCUACCUUCCAGCCCCUCAUGGCGGAAAUCUCCUACGUCGUCUCCGCAAAGGAGAAGGCCCGCCCGGGGGCAUACGGCAAGGGCGGUGCCUACGCGCAGGCGUACGGCCUCUUCAACAUGGCGUGGGCAGGGGGUGCCCUCGUCGGGCCCAUCUGGGCGGGAUUUAUCGAGAAGCAGGCGGGCUGGGGCACGAUGGCGUGGAGUCUGGGCCUGUUGAGUGGUCUCACGGCUAUUCCGACAGCGAUUUGGGUUGGGGGGUCGAUUACGAGGAAGAAGGACUGA